AUGAAAUCAUCCAUUGAGGAUCAAGAGGUCUCUGAGCAAUCAAAACAGCUGGAUAAAAUAACCCAACUGCUGGAAUCGUACAAGCAGCAAGUCGCUGAUAUUCGCGAAAGAGCUCAAAAGCGGCAAGACAUCAGGAAGCGAAAGGAGGAACUGCUGAACAGGAAGCGCAUGUUACUGAAGCAGCUCGAAAAACAAGAGGUGGCAGAAAGAGAAGCAAGAAAGGUCCGAAAACCUGUCGAGCCAGCACUGCAAGCUUUGGACAACAUUCUAGACGAUGCAAUGGAAAAGAUUGAGAAUAGCCCGAGCGAGCCAAGGUCACCAAGGAAAGGUCUUCGCCUUAACACCGCAUCAGCAGCGGAGCAGCCAGCAGAUAAUCCCAUGGUUCCGCUGCGAAAGAUUGGACCGGGCUCGAUUUCUGUCCUGUAUAAGUCGCGCUCGCCAGACGGGGUUGCGAAGACUGCAAAGACAAACACACCACUUAAUGCGUUUGUUCCAAAGAAACCAAGCGACGCACUUCGUCUCUACGUGCCGCCUUCUGGCUUUGUACCAAUCGACAAGGAUCAUAUUGUCAGUUUCGAGGGCUCAGUACCAGACCUCCAGUCCGAGGUCUUGCAAAUGGCCAAACGCCUCGAAAGCUCCUACCCCCGUAUCGGCAGUCUUCCGUACGAUGUCUGGACGAGUAAAAACAAAGCCACCCUGCAAACAUGGCUCAAGAUUUUGGUGAGCAAGUGGAAAACGCGCUUCGACAACGUUGAGCAGACUGGGCAAAUUGAAAAGGAUAUUGUAGACGAGCGGUUACGCAGUGUAUUGGAUGCCAUGGUUCGCGAUCAUGAUCUGAGCAACGAGGCCGCGGAGCGCAUGGCCAUGCGGUGGCAUGAGAUUUUCGAUCGGAAAGGAGCCAUGGAUGGAGACGCAGAGGGGGUGCUGGAUUGGGAUGAGUUUAACGCUGAAGGUCUGGGAUUCUUGACUGACGAGACUACACCUGCGUCGACACGGCGACAGAAACAAAAGACACAGACACUGUUCGGCAGCCAGAGGCCUUCGCUGUCUAACACCUCAGCCAGCAGAACUGCGUCUGCACCGAGAAUGUACUCGACGUCGUCUCGCUCCUCACAACCAGCUCAGGAAAAGCCAAACGACCAUGCCAGAAACGCAGCAUCCAACGCACCGGCGUCUUCCCUCCCGCACUUGACGGAAUCAGGCUCAGCACACAUGGUCUCCGUCUCCGCAAAACCACACACGGUCCGCACCGCCAUCGCCGCCGGCUCAGUCUACUUUACCAAUCCCACUCCGCUCUCUCUCAUCCAGUCCAACACUCUCAAAAAGGGCGAUGUACUCGGCGUAUCCCGCAUCGCGGGUAUCAUGGCGGCGAAGAAGUGCCCGGACCUGAUUCCACUGUGCCAUCCCAUUGCCCUGACCCACGUGGGCGUGGAGCUGAAGCCUUUUUCCAGCAAAGACGAUACGAAGAGCAGUGAUGCGCAUGGCUACGGCGGCGUACACAUCGAGGCCAAAGUCCAAUGUACGGGGCCGACAGGCGUGGAAAUGGAAGCCCUGACGGCCGUCAUGGGCGCGGCGCUCAGCAUCGUGGACAUGUGCAAGGCCGUGGAUAAGUUUCAGCGCGUGCAGGAUGUGCGCGUUGUGCUGAAGGAGGGCGGCAAGAGUGGCGUGUGGAGGGAGGAAGGGUGGGCGAGUUGGCAGGGUGAAUAA